GGAGGUGGUUGCCCGUGACGACACAGGGAGUGGAGCAAGAUGGCGGCGCAGGCGGCUGCGGCGGCCGUGGUGAGAGGCAUCGGGUCAAAGCUGAGCCAGAACCUGCGGGAGCUGCGGAUCCACCUGUGUCAGAGUUCGGCGGCUAGCCAGGGCGUCCGGGAUUUCAUCGAGCAGCACUACGUGACAAUGAAGAAGGCAAAUCCUGAAUUUCCCAUUCUGAUCCGAGAACGUGCCGGUAUCCAGUCUAAAGCAUGGGCAAGAUAUGACUUUGGAAGAGAGAGAAAUGUGCCGCUAGAUAAUUUAAAUUCUGAGCAGGUGGCGAAGGCGCUGGAGUCCCUGAUUACCAAGCCGUGAACUGCAGCCCAAUCCAUGUGUGAAGAACAAACAGCGGUGUGGGAAUGUUCCUUUCACUGCAUUGCCAGAUUUUCCUGAGUGGAAAGAAAUUUAACUGUAAAAUAAAUCUAAUUUUAAAUGGA